ACCUACGCCUUGAGUGGGAUUCGAACCCGUGACCCCAGCGUCCGAGCGAUCGGAGACAAUGAACCAGGCAAUUAUGGAGAAGUAUCGACAUAGCAACAGGAGAAUAACAGGGAAGUACCGAAGACUUUUGUCCUUUAAAUCGGGGUUCCAUAAAUCGAGGGUUUACUCUUUGCCGGAGAAAAGAAGGUACUCUAAUCCUAUUUGUGUGGCCAGGGGAUGCGAGAGAGGGACAUCUCAAUAUGAUGAUUACUAUACGAAAUCAAGGAAGGUUUAUGAAAAGAUGAUACUGUUCAAAGACGUGAGGACGAAUGUUGCUUAUAAUGCGUGUUCUGAUAAGCUGUCGGCUGUCCGGCGUACACGUGCCGAAGCUCAAAUCGAUCAACAUACCCGUGACUGCUGAAGAGUCAACAAUGAUGAAAGUGCAUCUGAAAGCAUUAUUCACGGAAAGAAGCGCUGUUAGAAUUAUUUUAGGACACAACGGAAAACAUUCUGAUGAUAUCAGGAAAUUUAUGGACAGUUCGAACAAGGCAUAUGCAGCUAACUACUGUGUUAGUAAAGUGUCAGAGUUAUAAGUACAUUGCCUUGUUUGGCUUUCAUUCUUGUAGGUUCAUAGAUGUCAAGCAGAGGCGGAGCAGAAAAGUGACGCACCUUUCAUUGUCGAUCCAGGGGGGAUAUUUCGCUGUUCUGUUAUACAUAUUACCCUGAGGACCGUAUUUCAUAUUGUCACGUGUAAGGGGGGUACGCGUGACUAAUAACUGUGGAUUCUAGAUUUGAUGAUUAGGUAUAUUUGACGUCACUAUCACAAUCACGCUCAGUUAUAACAGUUCACACAUUUCACUCUUUCUGGAUAACGAAUCCCUCUCUGGGUAGCUCUGCUUCGUUCUCGAAAGCGCCUUGAUUCGUUGCCGAGUCACUUCGCGUUCUGCCGUAUUCUUGCCUUUCUGUGUCCUCUCCUAUUCUCCUCCUUCUUGUGACUCACUCUGAACUUACGGCUUCUCGACUGACUUCCGUUUAUCCCUGGUAGGCGGAUGGGAUAUGAAUCAUCUCCGUGAAGAUUUCUGUUUUUCAUAUCCAUGGUAACAGUUUGUUUGAAAUGUCGUUGCCAUGGAUAUGUCCUCAACAGUUCCAUCAAAACCCAGAGUAACGGUGUAUUUGUGUUACCACUGGAACGCGCCCCGCUAUGCCCCGCCCAGCAGAUGAGCAUGUUGCAGCUUCCAGGCUCAUGUCACAGUAUGCUUUUUUGAAUACACUGCCGUCCUUAUUCAAUGUCCUGAGGCUUGUGCAGUCUUAUUCUGUAGAUCUUGUAUGUUAUACUACAAUAAUUAUUUCAAGAUACAUCAAACCUUCCUUCGUCCUGGAUGGUACAAAUUCAUUGCAGCCAAAUUGUAGCCAUGAGCAAAUCUCUGUAUAGAGUGCUCCCGAAGACUGUACAUAAUAUUCUGGACACAAACAUUUUUAAAACUUCGUAAUACAAGUCAGGCACCCUCUUGUAGGUAGGUAAGUAGUUUAUUUAGGAAAAUUUAUAUAAUUUGAGUUUAAAAUAUUGUUUAGUAAUGAAUUAAAUUACAAAUUGUUUGUAAUCAUGUAACAUUUCCCCAUUGUUAUUGCUCUUCUGGGGUGUUAUGCUAUAAAAUCUGGGAGAUAAGUUCCUCUGAUAAUUUCGUAACUCUGUACCAAACUACAUGGCGUCACACCCAACACACAGUAAUGUUAACAGCCACUGUCGUGAGGAACACAGCUCCAGCAUAUUCUUAUGUUAUAGGGCGUGAUGAACUGAGGAUAUCAUUGUGUUUGUGUUUGUGUUUGUUGCCUAACAUCUCUUCAACCUUUCACGUAUUCUACGUAAUUUACACAUAUUCACUGCUUGUUGACACAACUUUAUCUACACUACUAUUUUCAGAUGCGUAGUUUAUCUCCAACUGAAAGUGUCCCGACGUGAUUAAGCUUAUCUUUAUGAAGCUUGAACCUUGAACUAUUUUGUAUUUAUUCAAGCCAGACACUUUGUAUUGUUCAAGAAGCAAAUAUAGUUCAGUUGACAACGGCGUUGCAUUAGGUUCGCAUAUCAUUAGUUAAGCACAUCGGAUAUGAGGUCCGUCAUUUGUCGGCUGGUUUUUUCUAUAGCUAUCCUGCAACCAAGCGCUCAGGUCUCGACGCCAGAUUCUCCUACGUAUGUGGCUGCUGUGGUGGAGUACUCCCCCGACACAGGCUCCCCGGGAGAUAGUGUCGCCGAUAUCGUCUCAAAGAACGUGGCGCAGUAUGUCCCGCUCAUCAGGCGGGCGGCGGAACAGGAAGUGGACAUCAUCGUGUUUCCGGAGUGCGGACUGGUCACCUAUGGAAGUUCCACGAAGUUUGCUACUCCCUUGCCACAUCCUGACGAUCGAGUGAAUCCCUGCACAGACACUUCAAGCAACGUGGCGGAGGCCAUUCGCACACUGUCUUGUGCGGCUCGGAAUCACAGCAUCUAUGUCGUGGUAAAUCUUCCGGAGGUGCAUCCCUGCCCCGACGCCACUAAUUGGUCAUCAUCAGGCGUCGUCUACUACAACAGCAACGUUGUAUUUGACCGAAACGGAACCGUCGUGGCGAGGUACCGCAAAUUCAACUUGUUUGGCGAGGUAUGGUUCAAUAUCACCUCUGAAGCGGAACUCUCCGUCUUCGAUACAGAUUUCGGAGUGACGUUCGGAAUAUUCACUUGCUUCGACAUUAUAUUCGAGAAACCUGCAGUCUCACUGGCUAAGGUUCUGGGUGUCCGUGACGUUGUGUUUCCCACGGCGUGGUACUCAGAACUGCCGUUCCUCACAGCUGUCCAGGCACAAGCAUCAUGGUCUUAUGGUUUGGACGUUAACUUCCUGGGAGCUGGGUACAGCCUCCCGGGAGAGGGUAGUGCGGGCAGCGGUAUCUACGCAGGCAAGGAGGGCCCUCUCGUGACAACAAUGCCAGGCGUCCCUACGACGCAACUGCUGGUGGCUAAAGUCUUGAAGAAAACACCCCGAAACACAACACCUGUUUUAGAAAAUGUUUGGAACGCUGGUGAUUCUAUUGAAGCAACACCGAGUCCAAAUAUAUUUUCUGACGUGCAUAGAGAUAACUCGGGAAUUUGGAUGAUGAGAGAUUAUUUGGAGCCUUAUGAGACUCUACUUCUGACUGAGACAGAGUUUUUUAGUACACAUACACUGUGUCACAACGAGCUGUGUUGCGACUUUGAAGUGGCAAUGCAUACAGAUAAUCAGGGUCAAAAUUCUUUGGGGAAAAGUUAUAUUUAUCGAUUGGCGGUUUUUGACGGUAUCCGUUCCUAUACAUUUAAGACAGGAGGCGUUCAAGUCUGUGCCGUCAUGUUUUGUACCAAUAAUUCUUUGUCUUCUUGUGGUUACGAAAUGGAGACAGAUGAGCAGGAGAGGUUUGCUACAGUUUUCGACUACAUUCAUAUAUCAGGUAAUUUUCGCCUCAACAACUCCCUCCAGCUACCCAACACACUACUUGAAGAUUACAAAGUCUUGUCAGCUGAUGCAUUCGAGUUCACGAGAGAGGAAAUACCUGGGGAAAGUGAAGUCAAAGUGAACAUGAGAACAAAAAAGCAAAAUUUGAACCUGUUAACGUUUGCGAUAUUUGGUCGUGACUUCUCGAAAGAUGGGGGACCAGUCUCUCAGCCUUCCGUGGAUGACACAAAUCAUGCUACGGUAGCGCACCUACUUUCACCCAUCGCUACGCUCCUUUGUAUGAACAGUUAUUUCUACGUUAAAUUCUUAGUGUAAAGCAGAAGAACGGCUGUUGGACGUUACAGAGUCUUAAUACUACAUACAAAUAUAAGUGAUUGGCCUUUUGAGGCAGAGAAUA